AUGAUUAUAAAACUUCUAAAAUCUUCUGGAAACUAUUCUCUAUUAUGGCUACCUGUAUGCUUUUAUAGCGAGUCUGAAAAUAUUCAAAUACUAAUUUCAAUUAUAGAAUUAUGUCUUUAUGGAGCAUGCUUCCAUUUAGUAACAAUUAGCAUCUAUGUGAUUUUGAAAAUUCGAAUGUUCCAUAGAAAUCUUUAUAUUCUGGCCAUCCCAAUGUUCGCUCUAUGGUAUCCCCUAAUUAUUAGUAAAUUGAUUACUAUUGGUUAUCAAUUAAACUGGAUAAGAUCAGAUAUUAAAAUUGGAGAGCACGUGGUGAUUUGGACUGAUAACCCAGAUAAAAUGCUGGAAAUCAGGACGUUGGAUGGUCUGGAACUUUUAAUUGUCGCAGGAUUCGUUCAAUGGCAUUAUAUGUAUUCUAUCAUUUUUGGGGUGUUAGCAAUAGCAGCUGAAAGGGCAAUUGCGUCGGUUUUGAUUGAGAACUACGAAUCCAACACCCAACUCUUCAUUCCCUACCUUCUCACAGUUAUCUAUCAAUUUUUUGCGAUUUUCACAUCAUUAUCAGUUUUGUUUCAUAAAUUCAAUACAAUUGCAUCACAUAUCCCAUGGAUUUUGAGUUGUGUCAUUGCCGCUUUUGUGUAUUUAUUUGUCAAGAAAGUAAACGAGUCGUUCAGAAGAGAAAUCAAAAGUUCGAAUAGAAAAAGAGUCUUCACGAUUUCCCAACAAUUUCAGGUUAAGGAGAAUUUGAGAGCGUUAAGGCUCGGCACUCGCCUCGUAUUCGUUGUCCUUGGCACAAUUGCCAUUUGUGGCAGUGGAAUGGCAGCAUUAACAUUUCAAAUUAUUCCUUCCUACUUUUCACACAUUAUCGAGAAUUUUACAUUUUUAAAUCCCUACCUAAUCCUUCUCACCGCAAUGUUUAGUGUUCCGCAGUGGGAGAAGAAGUUUAAGAGAAUGUUGUUAACUUGGCAUUUUCUGAAAAAGCGAAGGAAAUUUGUGAAUGUAGAAAUUGUGGAGAACUCGAAGAAGGAUUUGGAUAUGGAGACGAAUUUGUAUUUUAAGCAAUUGGCGGAUUCUUGGAUUUGA